UUAUAUGAAUAUCAGGCACAGAACUAAGUAGUUAGAAGCUAUUUAAGUUUUCUAUUUAAAAGACAGAAAGCGUCAUUAUAGCCUGGACUUAAGAAAAUAACAAACAUUAGCGGAACAGCAAAGCUUAAUUGAAACUAAGUGGCAACUUCAACUAAUGGAACGAAUCCUUUUUUAACGAAGCGCUUUAAACGCGCAAUUGACUCUUCUUCAAACGGCAGAAAUUUUGUGAGUUGUGAUAAAAUGUCUAGCGAGGUUGACGAUUUGGACAAAUUAAGUAAUGCUGAACUGCAUAGUAAGUGUGUUGAGAAUGGCAUGAAGAAUAUUCCAGUAACUGAUGCAAGCCGAAGCAUACUUACCAAGAAGUUGCGUGCCAUUUUAAGUGGAACUAAGCCGGACACGCCUACCAAGCAAAACAAACGGUACUCCGAAGCACCAAAAGUUGCUGAUAAAGUGGUAGAGGAUAAAUCUAAGCGUGCCAACAGACGUACAAUUGCCGUUACUAAACCCUUUGGCAGUGAUGAAACUGUCGAUGGUACAGAACAAUCUACAGCUGCAAUCGCGGUUACUAAAAAACGCGAAGCUAGCGUACAAAAAGUGUCGCCAGUAACCGUAAUUGAUACAAUUGCCAUUGAAAGUGACGAUGACAUGGAUUUAGUAAAGGCGACAGCACAAGCAGAAGCAGUUGAACGUGGUGUACCGGUACGCGGGCGUACCACACGUUCAGUGUCUGUUACUAAGAGCAACAUUCCUGUGCCCGUAGCAGUAGCAGCAGCAGCAGCUAAAAAAGAUGUUGACACUAUCAUCGAAGAACAAGAACAAGUUGAGCCUAUUGUGCGUCAACGUUCAACCCGUUCCGUUUCUCUUUCGAAAUCAAGUGUUGUUACUGUUUCCUUUGAUGGUAAUGUACAGCCAAUACAGGAAGAACCAAUUAUGUCAUCAGCGCCAGUUUCACACCAACAUACUGAUGUCUACUCGAAAGUUGAGAAAAAACACUUUGAGCCAGGAAGCCUAUUUAAGGAACCAACUAACAAAGCCAAACAACAUCAAUACAUUCCAGUUGGAGAUUUGAAAUACUCACAACCUGUGAGCACAACUACCGGCUACGCUUCAAAAUAUGCUUCGCCUUUAAGCCUUGGUUCUGCACAUUUUUUAGGUGGUACCCCCUCGUUAUUGGCAGGAAAAACUAACGCUUAUUAUAAUGAGCAGAGCGAUGAUACAGAUACGGAUGCAUACGACACGCCGUUUUUAAGUAACUUUGCACGUACUUUGGAUCGCUUGAAGUCUCCACAUAUGGAUCGCAUUGCUGGCGGCAAGUACAGUGGUGGUAUGGCGGAAAAUUUAACUCCACGUCCACGUAAGUCACUGGUGCACGACAAACGCAGACGUCCUUCGAUCAUGGCACAACUUGCGGAACUUUUUAGAGCAGUAGAUAGGAAGUACCACAUUCGCCGCAACUUAUUCAUCACGUUUAUUGUUUUGGCGGUUAUUACUUUUAUAUAUAUGUUUUGGCGUUAAUUAAAUAUAAUUUUGUAACGUUAAUUUUACAAUAACCAGUUAAUU